AAAAUAUAAACCAUAGCGCCGCUGCUCCCUGACCCUUCUAGCAAGAAAACUUUCGACUUUCUCGAGUCCCCUUCAGCAACAGCUUUCGCCACAACUCUCUUUCUACCUCCGACGAGCUACUUUCUCCGGCGACGACAAUGGUUCUCGAGGCGACUAUGAUAUGCAUUGACAAUUCCGAAUGGAUGCGCAACGGAGAUUACACUCCUUCCCGUUUCCAAGCGCAGGCCGAUGCCGUCAAUCUCAUCUGCGGCGCUAAAACUCAGUCGAACCCGGAGAAUACGGUAGGGAUCCUGACGAUGGCCGGGAAAGGAGUGCGUGUUUUGACUACUCCCACCACUGAUCUUGGGAAGCUCCUGGCUUGUAUGCAUGGUACGGGUCUGGAAAUAGGAGGUGAAUUGAACAUUGCAUCUGCAAUCCAGAUUGCUCAAUUGGCUCUUAAGCAUCGUCAGAAUAAGAAUCAGAGACAAAGAAUCAUAGUGUUCGCUGGAAGUCCAAUUAAAUAUGAUAAGAAGAUGCUUGAGUCCAUAGGCAAGAAACUGAAGAAGAGCAGUGUAUCUCUUGAUAUUGUCGAUUUUGGCGAAGAAGAUGAGGGGAAGCCUGAAAAAUUGGAGGCCCUCCUAACAGCCGUCAAUAACAAUGAUAGCAGCCAUAUAGUUCACAUUCCUCCUGGUCCAAAUGCCCUCUCUGAUGUUCUCAUCAGCACUCCUGUAUUCACCGGAGAUGGAGAAGGAGGAAGUGGCUUUGUGGCAGCCGGUCCAGCAGCUGGCGGUGACUAUGAUUUCGGCGUUGAUCCUAACAUCGAUCCUGAGCUGGCACUUGCCCUUAGAGUUUCCAUGGAGGAAGAGAGGGCAAGGCAAGAAGCUGCUGCUAAAAGGGCUGCUGAGGAAGCUUCAAGCCAAAACCAAGGAGACGAACAAUCAUCUAAGUUGCAGGAUACAACAAUGGCCGACACCACUGGAGCAUCGGCAGCUGUGGCUACUGAUGCUGCUGAACCAAUGAGUGAGGUGGAUGCACUGCUACAGCAAGCGAUUGCCUUGUCAAUGCAAACUCCUGCAUCGGAUUCAGCCGUCCGAGAUACUGAUAUGUCGGAGGCAAACAAUGAGGACCAGGACUUGGCAGCUGCGCUUCAAAUGUCCAUGCAGGAAGGUGAAAAGGAUUCAUCAGGUCAAAUGGAUAUGAGUGAGGUGCUAGAGGACCAAGCCUUUGUGUCAUCAGUCCUUGCAUCGCUUCCUGGUGUUGACCCUAAUGAUCCUUCCGUCAAAGAUCUGCUUGCAUCUUUGCAUGGCAAGUCCGAGUCUUCUGAUCAGAAGAAGGAUGAAGAAAAGGCAGCAAAAGACGACGAGAAGUGAAGAACUAUGUGCUCGAUUAGUCGCUCUUUUAUCUCUCUCCCAAGCAAUGUUUUCUUCUACAUCUGGGGCAUGGCAUCCAUGUAAACUUAUUUAUAUGCCUUUUCUAGCUGUAUUGUAUUUGAUCGCCGGGUAGUUAAUUUGGACUAGAAGGAUUGGAUGGAACUCUUUUGUUUCCCUUUCCAAUGCCAGUGAGUUCUCUUUUCAACUUAUCUUCGCUUCUGAUCUUAAUCAGUUGGAUUCAAGUGGAUAUGGAACCGUCUCAAACAUGGUGUUUGCUUCUUGGUACUUUGUAGACUUGCUCUAUCAUCCUAACUUCACGAUUACCAACCGAAGAACAGAGGGACUGUUGGCUCAGUUUAUCUGUCCUAUUUGAGAAUCUGACGUAGUGGAU